UGUCAUACUGGCUCCUCCAAUUUGUUCUCAACCUUUUUUUUCCCCCGAGAAAAAGGAAAAGUUUUUGGGUGUUUUGUCAAGGUGAGGUGUGAAUAAUAGGAACUGUGACGGCGGUCGCAGCAAAUCGAUUGCCGCAUUUUCGAUCGCACCAAGUGCGGAAGUCUGUGCCCAGAGAUUUCGCCGGAAUCCAACGGCAAAAGUGCCACGAGACGUCACCGAAGAGGAGCGGAAACCCCGGAAAAUUCGGAAAAUGCGUGCUCCCGGCGGGGAUGUUAAAUCAAUAGUGGUGCUGGCGGCACUACUGGGGCUACUGCUCGCCCCCCUGCAGAUUCUUGCCCGAAAGCAUCACCUGGAAGUUCGCAAUGACAGGCGUCAGUACAUCGCACUCAGCACCUUUGGAUUCUAUAUGAAUGGUCAUUUGGACGUGCAGCUCAGCAAGUUGACGAUUGACUCGGAACAGCCCACGGACUUGUUGGGCUUAUCGCUGGACAAGACCACCAUUGACCAACUGAAUCCUUACCUGGACUCGCAUCAAAACAAAUGCAUACUGGAGGAACAACCAAAUAAGCAAAACAGCGGACCCAUUCUUUUCUUUGUGCUCGAUCUUGUAGAGCUGAAAGUCCGUGUGAAGUGCUCUCCUGAGUGGGCCAACAUGCACAUCUACAACCAAAUCUCUUCAAGAAUCAAGCGCAACUCGCGCAUGGCCAAGAUCAGCGAUUCCGUAUUGUUCCGCCAGACUCGUGAUGUGCCAGCGUACUCGGCUGAGGGCCCCGAUGACUCCAUGGAGGAUCCACUCGAACAGGAACCGGCUGACCUCAAGUCUUCCUCGCCCGCUGCAGUUGCGGGUAAAAUUGAGCCGCCCAAGGAGGAGGCUGCCCCUGCCCCUGCCCAGAAUGUGGAGGCUUCCAAGGAGGACGCUGCACCGAAGCCAGAAGUGGCUUCCAAUCUGAAUGAUUCCGUCAAGCAGGAAGUGCCUCCCCAGUCAAAUGUGGCCCCCAAAGCUAGCGAAGCCAAUGCUAAGGAUAAUUCUGUCGCUCAGAAGGAGGAAGCUCCCGUUAAAGAAGAGGAGGCCCCAGCGAAGCCAGUCGUCGCAGAAGCUCCUAAAGCUGCUGCUCCACAGUUGCCGGCAAAUCCGCCACCAGCUGCUCCGGCUCAAGUCGAACCGCAAGUAAACAAGAAAUCCGAAGAAUCCGAUUCGGAUGCAGCUCCCGCAAAUCCCUUUCCACACGAUGACGACCCGGCGGCGGUAGAUUUAUAUGGAUCCGGGACGUUCCCGCAAUCGCAGGAGAACCUCUGCAAGGAUUCGACCAUGCCGUUGGUCAAGGAGACCAUCGACAACGUCAACUACUACAGCUUCAACUUCUCCAUGCUGGUGGCCACGCCCCGCGACGAGGGCCUCUACAACCUGUACUUCCACGCCUGUCCCAACUAUCACAGCGCCAAGAUAAUGUCCUUCAAUGUGGACAUUGAGGAGAACAACAAUGGCAACUACUUGUCGGCUGGAGAGAUGCCCUUGCCCGCCUUGUACUUCAUGAUGAGUCUGCUCUUCUUCCUUUCCGGUCUCUUUUGGGUGUUCAUCUUGAAAAAGAGCAAGCACACUGUGUACAAAAUCCACUAUUUGAUGGCCGUGCUGGUGUUCCUCAAGUCGCUCUCGCUGAUGUUCCAUUCGAUCAACUACCACUUCAUCGAGAAGCGAGGCGAGCAUGUGGAGACCUGGGCUAUUCUCUACUAUAUUGCGCAUUUGCUCAAGGGUGCCGUGCUCUUUAUCACUAUUGUGUUGAUCGGCACUGGCUGGACUUUUAUCAAACACAUUCUCUCCGACAAAGAUAAGAAGAUCUUCAUGAUUGUGAUACCGUUGCAAGUCCUGGCCAACGUGGCCCAGAUCAUCACAGACGAGUCGGAUCAGAGCGACGCCGAGUUCCGCACCUGGCACAACAUCUUCUUCUUCGUGGAUCUGCUGUGCUGCGGUGCCAUUCUGUUCCCGAUUGUCUGGUCCAUCCGCCAUCUGCACGAGGCGUCCGCAACGGACGGCAAGGCGGCGAUCAAUCUGCGCAAGCUGAAGCUCUUCCGUCAGUUCUAUAUUAUGAUCGUGUGCUAUAUCUACUUUACGCGGAUCAUCGUGGACCUGCUGCAGAUGACGGUGGUGUUCCAGUACGCCUGGCUGGACGAGAUGUUCCGCGAGAUGGCCACCUACGUGUUCUUCGUGCUGACGGGCUACAAAUUCCGUCCGGUGUCCUCGCAUCCGUACUUCACCGUGCCGGACGAAGACGAGGACGACGACGAGGUGGAAGUGCUCACCGAAUCCGGACUGACGGAGACGGUGCAUCGGGUGAAGUCGCUCAAUCGCAAUCACGGCAGCAGCUCCGGCGGAAUCACCAUCAUCGAGGGCAACGACGAUGAGCGCGAGAAUCUGAUUGCGAAACGGGAGUCAAGCCAUGAGUACGAUUAAGCCCAGCGCAUCGGAACUCAAACUCGAUCUGCAUCACCCAUAUUCCCUGCAUUAGUCCGUAGUCUGUAGUCCCUCGUGGUCUUAUGUGUGACUCAAAUACUGAGCCAGAAGCUAGUACUUUACCUUUACUUUAAUGCGUAUGUUUUAUGUUCGAAGUUUAUUACCGAAAAUCAAAAGAAAAUGAUAAGAAAUAUGCGAUGGCAAUGGAGGGGAUAAUCUCACGUCGUGAACUUGUUUAGGGCAACGCGUCGGCCUAACGUUUGGUGGGCACCCCACUGCUCCUCCACCUUCACCUCACCCCCUUCUCCUUUAGAGCCCGUCCAGCCGGCCGCCCAUGGAGCCCCUGUAAAUAACUAAUUGAUAGACCCGCUUAACGGACUACUGUACGCUCGUGACACCCAGGCCCUUUCCUUGGUUUAAGAUAUACAUAUAUAAUAAAUACCCUUAUGUAAUUACGUAUAAUUUUAUGAAUAUAACAAAGCUUUAAUAUUUAAACUCAA